CAUCUGCAGACAGACACGUUGAUUCUGAUUUAUCUGCCUUUGACUGCGACAGGUGCAUCUCUGUUUCGUCCUCCUAAAAUGCGCAAACGGCGAUUCUUACAUCCCAAAACAGUAUAGAUGAUGUCAAAUAUGAUGUAAGGGAGAGUGUUUUCUCGUUUCACCGUUGGAGAGGAGCGGUAAGCGUCAUUAUGUUUUUGUCGGCGCUCAUCUGUUCUGUUCUUCUCUGUGUGACGAGCGCGACUCGGUCCUCUCCUACAACCGAUCUCACGUCCAAGACAUCCAAGGGCGUGGAGGAGCUGCUGGAGGAGUUCCGCAAGCAGCUCCAGCAGGAUGAGUCGGACUCCAGAGAGGACGACGAGGACGGAGACGUCUGCGUGAGCGGCUUCGCGGUGGCGGAGGAGCGCAUCAUCCGGGCGAGCGCGUCCAUCGAGCAGGGCGCCGCGUUCCUAUCCGCGCCGCCGCGGGUGUUCAGCUGGAGGGACUGCGUGCACGCCUGCUGCUCGCACCCGCGCUGCACGGACGCCAUCAUUCAGGAGGACCUGAAGCAGCCGGACGACGGCUUACGCUGCUAUUUGUUUAACUGCACGUACAGGGGCAGGAACGUGUGCUCGUUCUCCUUUCAGCCCGGAUUCAGCACCUACAGCCGGGCGAACAGCACCAGACCCAUCGAGCCCGUGCGGAGCUCCGCGGUCACCGACACCGCAGCCCGGAGACCAUCGCACGGGUCAGAAGAGCUGCAGGGUUUGGAUGAGCCGCCCCGCACAGAGGCCGGACAGGAUCUUGUGGUUCAGCUCCCGACAGACUGGGCCGUGCUGGACGGCAGAGACAGCACUGAUGAUUACGGCAUCGCACACUACCAAUGGACUCUUGUCAAGGGAGAUCCCUCUGUUCGCAUGAAGGUGACUCACCCGGGUCUGCUGAAACUCGGUGGUCUCAGAGAGGGAAUGUACACCUUCCAGAUAACUGUGACAGACACAGCUGGACAGAAGAGCUCUGAUAAUGUGUCCGUCAGCGUCCUCGCGCCAGCGCCAAAUGCAGAAGUGUGCACAGGUCACUGUUCUCGCUAUCAGUUCACGUGUGACGACGGCUGUUGUAUUGACAUUGGUUACGCCUGUGAUGGGAAGCAGCAUUGCCCUGAUCGAUCAGAUGAAAACUUCUGCCAAAACUUUGACAGCGGUCAUAAAUCCAGCCCUAGACUUGGACCAGACCUACAAACUGAAACAGCAGCACAACAACCAUCCACAAAAAUACAAACCCCUGAUAUCCCCUAUAAACCUGAACAACAUUAUGCCACCAGUAACCAAGAUCCCUGUUCAUUGCCUCCAGUGGUCGGCCCGUGUAAAGGUGUUUUUCCACGCUGGUAUUAUGAUACUGUGACAGGACAGUGUCUGCACUUUCAGUACGGCGGCUGCAAGGGAAACCACAACAACUUCCUGCAGAAAUCUGACUGUGUCAAUGAGUGCAUUCAGAAACCAUCAGUAACAAGAGAGCAGGCGACCGCGACUCCAUCACCUGGCAUGAAAACAUACACAUCAGCCGUUGUGACAGUCAAGGAGGAGAAACAUCCGUCUCCUUUACUGGUGCGUCAGAAUUCACUUCCUGUAUCUAAAGUACAUCACAUAAUAGAAGGACACCCGCCUCCCGAGUCAGGUGCCAUUCUUCCUCUGGCUUUGGGUCUGAUCAUCAGCAUUCUGCUGUUAUUGAUGGUGAUCUGCAGACUCUGGCUUGUGCGCCAUAGACUGAAGAAAGCUUUGCCUCUCACCACAGAAGAGUCUGAUUAUCUUAUCAAUGGCAUGUAUUUAUAGCAGAACAGCCACCUGACCAUCAACCCACCAAACCGCUACACUAUUCAUGUGUGUGUGUUUAGAAGAAGCCAUCUUUAUUCUUACCUCAAUGUUUUCUUUAGAUAUCCCACUUCACGCACUCUCUGUUCAGUAUGUUAUGUCAGCAGUGCCUGGAUGACAUGUUUUUGGAUAUUUCCCACAAACCCUUGCGUCACAGAAGAAAAAGGGGGUUGUUAUGUUUCUUUGGUGAGGAUGAACGCAAAUGAGAGGAAAGGUUCGGUGUUAUUUUAUGUGAUUGUAUGAUCCUGGCUUCAAAGAUUCAUGGCAUACUUCCGAGCACAUACUUUGUUAUACUCGUUGGAAGUGUGCAGAUGGGGUAAGAUCGUGCUUUAUUUUUGAUGCAUGGUGCACCACUACUGUAGCUUGCCUGAUGUUUCCAUCUCGGUCGCCUUACCUGACACUUCCGAGCCUUGUUAUGAUAAACAUUUCCAUUCGGUUUGUAUGCUUGCUUGACAACACGUGGAACCGGUGUCAACAUUUUCUCUCUCAACGUAUAGAGAUUUGAUUUAUAGAAGCAUUAAGGAGAAACAGACGACAACUGUACUAUUAAAAAAGACCCAGACAUCCUUUGAAAACAUAUAAAUGGCCUUAUAUGGUAGAAUUUUUGGAUAAAAGAGUUCAAUGUUUUUAUGGCUUACUGUGAUAUUACACACUAGUCUGUAUAAUUCAAUCUUCAGAUGCUUUGUGAAAUUGUUUCAAAAAAUAAAACCUAUUUAACUGUAAAAAUAUAAAUUAUACUAUAUUUAAAACGUCACGAUGGGAAAUCAUCCAUUAAAACGUGGACCAUCCAUGUAUGAGUUU